AUGGCCAAACGCCUGAUCCCGCUUCUGGAUCGCGUGCUCGUCGAGAAGAUCAUUCCGCCCAGCAAGUCCAUCGGCGGGGUCCUGCUGCCCGAGUCAGCCACGGCAUCGCAGCUGAACACGGGCAAGGUGGUGGCGGUGGGCGCGGGGGGGCGCACUCGGGACGGCACGGUGAUCCCGACGGCGGUGAAGGAGGGCGACACGGUGCUGCUGCCAGAGUACGGCGGCAGUCAGAUCAAGCUCGACGACAAGGAGUAUGUGCUAUUCCGUGACGAUGACAUCCUGGGAGUGCUCAAGGACUAG